AUGAUACUAACUUUGGAGAUAAUUUUUUUUCUAAUAACUUUUUCCUAUGGAGAUCAUGACUAUUUACAUCUACGAGUAAUUGACCCAUCAACACUACCAUUUUUAUAUCGCUUAAGUCCCGGUCAAAUCGGUCCUCAGUUCAAUAGGACUUUUACGUCUACUUCGUUAGUGUUGACUGAGCCUCCUCAUGCCUGUGAUAUAGUAACAAAUACACAUGAAGUUAACCAAAAUAUCGCGCUUAUUAUUCGGGGUGGAUGUAGCUUUGUCACUAAAGCAAUCAAUGCUCAUGUUGCUGGUGCAGUUGCUGUGAUAGUGUACGAUUUCAAUCGUAAGGCAAUUCAGACGUUCAGUAUGAUUCAGGAUGAUACUUCAAGACGAGUUCAAAUACCUUGUGCUUUUAUGAAUGGGAAAGAUGGGCAUACAAUAACCAGUGCAUUAGAUAGCUUAAAUCUUACAAAAGCAUUGGUAGAUUUUCCUGUCAAUGUUACAACAGUUCCAAUAUAUCAACUACGUUUAACUCCAUGGACGUUAUGGUGA